UAUCACAUUAACCACAUUUUACACUUCAGCAUCCACUGCAGGAAACGCCUUCUGUGAUUUUAUUCAGACAGAAUACGCAAAGCAAGGAAAGCACUUUACACAUGGAAAUAAUGAUUCAGACGAUUUUCACGGGAUUGAAUUUGAAGCCAAGAGAAGACACAUUCAAAGAAUACAUCACAUUGGUUGGAAUUGAUGUGACAUACCUGUUAGUGAUCAUGUUGGCAGUCAUGAUUAUCAUAGGCAGCAUACAGGCUCUUCAAACAUUUUUCUAUAACAAUAUCACAGUCACAUUGGGAAUUGUCGUACUUGCUGCCGCUCUGCUUGUCUUCACGUUUGCGGUCAAGAAAAUUCAGGAAAACUUUUGGUAUUCUCAUAUUGCUUAUGGACUAAUCGUGCUACUCAUAUCCAUCGCAUACUGUUGUGUUUUUCAUAAAUUCGUUGCUCUCAAUAUUUUUAUAAUUUUGAAUGUGGCUCUAGCGCUAGCUGCUGCAGUCGUGUUAAUCGCUGUCAAUCUGAAACGCUUAGAUUUAACAGCGUUUACGGCAGUCGUAUUUCUUGCAGUGCUCAUUACAUUCAUAGGACUUCUAUCCAUGCUUCUCUCCGUUCUGCGUGUCCCAUUCUCUGAAGCUGUGAGCGAACUGUGCCUCUGUUUCGGUGCAAUGUUUGGUUUAUUUCUUCUUGGAAACACAGUACGCGGCUGUGUGGGUAAUCCACAUAUAUUCUGUUUUGCAAUGACUCAAGCGUUCUUUUUCUGGAUUUUCAUUACUCUCUUAUUCUCAGCUAUUUACUUGUUGACAUUACCUCCAAAAACUAAUGCUGAUGAAAACGAUCAAGAAAAACCUGAGUCUAAUACAAGUGGACAAGUAUACCACGUCAAGUAAAAAUUUCAAUUUUGGAAAUCCAUUCAGAAACGCUGAAUGUCAUACAAAAAUACUACAUUGCAUGAAUAUAUAUAGUUACUGAUAUAACGUAUAUGUUAAUUAUUUCUAUAAAUGUAGAUCCGCUAUUAAUAAUGAUGAUAUACAUUUAAUGAAUUGAAACAUAUCGUGUUUGAUUUUCCAAAAAAUGCUGAAAUUUGACAGUUUAAUCCGCGUGUAUUUAUAAGGGC